GCAUCAACCACAUCAUCAGCCAAUUCCCUCCCGGACCUCCUGCACACGCCAACAGGCCUCGCCCUCCUCGAGCUCCAGGGGACAAUCAACCUUCCCGCCCCCGAAGAUCCGGCCGCCGACGCGUCAUCGCCCGCAGUGGAUUCCAUCAGCAUCGGUCGUGUCGAGUUCCCAGACUACAAGCCCGACUCGGUCACAUUUGACCCAUCCAGUACCGCCUGGAUGAAGCGAGUCCAUCUCUUUGUUGGGCAGCACCAGAGACUGACGGGCGAGGUGAAGAAGCUGCCGCGGGCGAUCGGGGUAGUGAGGCGGCGGGAGGGAGAUGAGGAAGCACUGGAGUUUGCUGAGAUUGUGAAGUAUAAGAUUGUGUUCUCGUCGAGACCUGAGCCCGUC